GUCUGAUGGAGUAAAAAUACAAUAACAGAUUAAAUCUAACAAUUCAGUAAUGGAAAAAGUAACAGAAAUAGUAUAUAGCGGUUCUUGGGUGCAUGUAGAUGAAAGAAAAACGGGUUAGAAAAUACAACGUUUGAUUGGUUGUUGGAAUACGGAAAUCCCUCCUUGCGCAUGUAAACAAACACACACUGCGCAUGCGUCACUGCAAUAAUGGAGGACUGUCUUUUCUGGCUGGACUAAUGUCUCUCUUUCCACUUCGCAAACUUGCGAGUUACGAGAUUAAACAACUCGUCCGCAUUGCACCUCACGUAAAUUAAUCUAUGACGCUUUCAUGUCACUUCGCUUAUACGAAAGUUUGAGUAAACUGCAGUUUUGGAGAGGAGAGCGACGAGUUGAUGUCAAAGAAGGCGUCCACCAUGAGCACAGACUCGGCCGCUCAGAGUGGGGCCUGCAGGAUCAUGACCUUCAGCCCGUCCUCAGAGGAAUUUAAAGACUUCAGCCGCUACAUUGCCUACAUGGAGUCACAAGGGGCGCACAAAGCCGGGAUGGCAAAAGUGAUUCCCCCCAAAGGCUGGAGACCCAGGAAGACUUACGAUGAUAUCGAUGACCUAGUCAUUCCUGCUCCCAUCCAACAGGUGGUGACGGGUCAGUCGGGCCUCUUCACUCAGUACAACAUCCAGAAGAAGCCCAUGACGGUUGAUGAGUUCCGCAAGACCUCCAACAUGGACAAGUUCUGCAAUCCACGUUAUGUUGACUUUGAUGAACUGGAGAGAAAGUUCUGGAAGAAUCUGACGUUCAACCCUCCCCUCUAUGGAGCGGACGUCAGCGGAAGUCUCUACGACCCAGAUGUGACUGAAUGGAACAUCGGCCGACUGGACACCAUCUUGGACACUGUGGAGCACGAGAGUGGAAUCAAGAUCAAAGGAGUGAACACGCCUUAUCUUUACUUUGGCAUGUGGAAGAGCGCCUUUGCUUGGCAUACGGAGGACAUGGACCUCUACAGCAUCAACUUCCUUCACUUUGGAGAGCCCAAGUCAUGGUAUGCUGUCCCGCCAGAACAUGGAAGGAGAUUGGAGCGACUUGCAAAGGGUUUCUUUCCUGGCAACGCUCAGAGCUGCGAGGCCUUCCUGCGCCACAAGAUGACUUUGAUUUCACCUUCGAUACUGAAGAAGUAUGGAAUACCAUUUGAAAAGGUCACGCAGGAGGCGGGUCAGUUCAUUGUCACCUUCCCGUUCGGCUACCAUGCAGGGUUCAACCACGGCUUCAACUGUGCCGAGUCCACCAACUUUGCCACGCAGAGAUGGAUCGACUACGGCAAGCAAGCCACGCUGUGCUCAUGCCGCCAAGACAUGGUGAAGAUCUCCAUGGACGUCUUUGUGCGCAAAUUCCAGCCGGAGCGCUACAAGCUGUGGAAGGCGGGAAAAGACAAUGCUCCCAUCGACCACUCCAAGCCCACACCUGAGGCUGCAGAGUUCCUCAAAGACCAGAGUGUGACCCCGAAAGAGAGCCCGCUUGACAUCAUAUUUGACCAUACGGCAAACCCCGCCCAAGAGAACAGCAGUCCAAAGCUUCAGAGGGGGACAAAGCGUGCACUGGAAGCCACUGAAGACAUCAAAGCUGAUCUGGAUGCAGAGGAGGCAGAGCCAAAGAAGGUCAAGCUUACCACCAUGGAGUCUCCAGCUCAAGUCAUGACGGACACACACGCAGUCAAAGUGGAGUCACAACCACAGGAAGAAGGGGAAGAAGAUCAGUCCAGCAUCAAGCAAACACCUGCAAGACAAGAAAGUCAGACAAGUAACAAGAACGACAUGCCACCUUCUGAUCCUGUGGAAGGCCAGGUGGUGGCGCUGUGCACUGUGCAGCCGACUGGCAGCGGCGAGGAGGCCGAGGUGGGCACCGGCUUAGCGCACAAAGUCUUCCAGAGGACGCUGAGCCCCGCCGACGUUUUGCACGUGCACAGUUACGCCAAGGGAGACUAUGCCGAGGACGAGGCCCCGCCCAAAGAGGAGAAGGGGGAGGAGGAGAAGAAGGAGGAGAAAGACAGCAGUGAAAACAUUAUUGAGGAAAAGAAGGGCGUCAUCAGACAGGGGACAAAAGUGGCUAGAUGCACCACAGAGGAGAGUGAUCUGGGUCAGCUGCCUGGUCACCACCCGCUCAUCAAGGACGGUGUGAGCGAUGAAGAGGCUACAGAGGAGGCGUCACCCAUGGAGGAGGGAGGUCUGGAAGGGGAGGGCUGGGCCAAACCUCUGGCCCACCUGUGGCAGAGCAGACCCCCCAACAUGAAGAAGGAGAAAGAGUACAACCAGAGGAUGGGCUCCAAGCCUCCAUACUGCUCCAUCUGCGCGCUGUUCCUCACGUACCAGCAGACCGAGCGUGUGAGUGGUACCAACGCUCCCAUCAUGGCGGGGGGAGGGCGGAUGCGGACGAAACCGCUGAUCCCGGAGACGUGCUUUGCCACCACCACGGAGGAAGACGCCGAGUGCGAGGAGCCACCGCUCACGCCUCACCUGGAGGAGGACGGCACCAGCCUGCUCAUCAGCUGCUCGCAGUGCAGCGUCCGCGUCCACACGAGCUGUUACGGCAUCAACCCGGCUAGAGUGAGCAAGGAGUGGAAGUGUGCACGCUGCAAAGCCAACGCCAUGAUGGAGAACUGCUGUUUGUGCUGCCUGAGGGGCGGAGCUUUGCAGAAGGCCAACAACAACAAGUGGGUGCAUGUGCUGUGCGCGGUGGCCGUGCUGGAGGCUCGCUUUGUCAGCAUCACUGAGAGGACUCCUGUGGAUCUGAGUGGGAUUCCCCUGCAAAGAUUUAAACUGAAGUGUUAUUACUGUAAGAAGAGGAUGAAGAAGGCGUCGGGCUGUUGCGUGCAGUGCUCACAUGGCCGCUGUCCCACCGCCUACCACCCCACAUGCGCACAGGCUGCCGGCGUCCUCAUGCAGCCUGACGAGUGGCCCUUUGUGGUGCACGUCACCUGCUGUCGACACAAAGGCCCUGCCCAGAUCGAACGUAACAAGGCGGCCAUGCACGAGCUGACAGUGGGCCAGAAGGUGAUCUGCAAGCACAAGAACGGCCGCUACUACCAGUGUGACGUGGUCCAGCUCUCCAAGGAGACCUUCUAUGAGGUCAACUUUGACGAUGGCUCCUUCAGCGACAAUCUCUUCCCCGAAGACAUCGUGAGCCGAGACUGCGCCCAGCUCGGACCUCCCCCCCAGGGCGAAGUGGUCCAGGUGCGGUGGACGGACGGCCUUGUGUACGGCGCCAAGUUUGUGGCAUCACGCGUCAUCCAGAUGUACCUGGUGGAGUUUGAGGACGGCUCACAACUGACGGCCAAGCGAGACGACGUCUACACGCUAGAAGAGGAGCUCCCCAAGAGGGUCAAGUCCAGAUUGUCCAAAGCAUCGGACAUGAGGUUUGACGGCAUCUUCGAGGACAAGGAGAUCAUCCAGGAGUCCAAGAGGCAGCGGGUCAUCAACUCACGGUACCGUGGCGACUACAUCGAGCCCGUCAUCUACAGAGCCAUCAUGGAGUAGCGCCAUCGUGGAUGACUUGCAUCAGGACCACUUUGAACUUUGGUUCAUUUUUAACCUAUUUUAAAAGGGCAGUAUUUUCAUUUUCUGGACGAAGCGCAGCAGGAAGAAGAGGCCAAGAAGCUUCACCUCACUCUCGUAUUUACCUCACUUUUGAUUUUCUGGACAGUGUCUUCAUACCAUCCUCGCCUGUGACCUCAUCAAACAUGUCUAGGUAUCACACACACACACACACACACACACACACACACACACACGGUCCAAUCAGUUAUUUUCAACAUGUCUUAAGAUUUCAUUUUUUGCUGAGUUGGUUCCUAUCUUCAAAACAUGACUGUUAGUCUUGAUUAUGAAUUUGAUACUAACUCAUUGCUUUCUAACACCAUUUUUUUACAAGCACAGACAAAAUAGAUGAGAAAAGUAGCCAUUUAGUUUCCUAAAGUGGUGCUCCAACUUUCUCUUUCUGUCUUCUGAUUGGCUAAACAAAGCUUCACAUACAACAUUAGGAACAAGCAAGGCCAUGAAUGUUUACUGCUUACGCUAAUGUGAUCAUACUUAAAACGACACCAUGUCUCCGUAAGACACUUGGUGCCGCUAAUAUAACGGCAUUCCUUUUUAUGAUGCGCUUUAAAAGGUUUCCUAGAUGCUCAGGCUAUUUUUUCUACCACAUAGAUACAUUUUAAAAGAUAUAAUUCAGAUUGUUUAAAAACAUAUCUUAACUUCUAUUGCCCCCCCACCCCCCAAGGAUGUACUUGGUAAUUUAAGUGUGCGAGGAUGUCGCGGUCUGUGUGUGCGCUACUUGCUUUUAGCGGGACAACUUCUGUUGUUUUUGCUAAAGUAAUAUUAUUCAUAUUUGUUUGUUUGUUUUUAAUUGCUUUGUUUUGUAAAACAUCUUUCUAUGUGGAUUUUCUGUGUAAAUGUCAUUUAUAUGUAGACAAGAUGAACUUCCAGAUAUUCAAGUGUUUUUGUAAAACAUUAAAACACAAAAAUUAAUAAUAUUAACAAAAGCAACCCAGCCAAGCGUGUAUUUAUUAUCGCAUUCACUUGUCCGGGAUUAGAACUGGAUUUUAGAGUCCUUUUAUUAAUUGUACUAAAUUGUGAGAAUAAUUCCAUUAGACAUUCCAUUACUAGCAGGUAGCCGUGGCGAUAUAACCAACCAGCCCCAUAAGGGCGAUGUUUCAGUUUUGUCUUUCCAAAAAAAAAAAAAAAAAAUCCUGAGAUCCUUCUCC